UAAGCGGACAAAGGCGGCGCCAGCCGCGAGGUGUCGCUUUUGGCCGAGGUCUGACGGAGCUGGUUGUGGGUUUGUGGGGUCUUCGCCUCCGCCGCCCUCCCUUCCUCUUUCUGGUCCUCUUCUCCCGCGUCCCGGGAGCCCCCGCCCGGGCUCCCCCCGCAGCAAGUCCCUCUCCCGUUCUGAGCCUCAGUUUCCCCUGUGAGAAACGAAGGAGGCGCCACUGCUGAAUUUGGUGCCUGAGCAGAGACGUGGUUGGUGACAGCAUGACGAGUGAGGUGAUCGAAGAUGAGAAACAAUUCUAUUCCAAGGCCAAGACGUACUGGAAGGAGGUCCCACCCACCGUGGACGGCAUGCUCGGGGGGUAUGGCCACAUCUCCAGCAUCGACAUCAACAGCUCCCGGAAGUUCCUGCAGAGGUUCCUGAGGGAAGGCCCGAACAAGACAGGAACCUCGUGUGCCCUGGACUGCGGAGCUGGCAUCGGGAGAAUCACCAAGCGGCUGCUCUUGCCUCUCUUCGCGGUGGUGGACAUGGUGGACGUGACAGAGGACUUUCUGGUCAAGGCUAAGACCUACCUGGGGGAGGAGGGCAAGAGAGUGAGGAACUACUUCUGCUGUGGGCUCCAGGACUUCAGCCCAGAGCCCAGCUCUUACGACGUCAUCUGGAUCCAGUGGGUAAUAGGCCACCUGACCGAUCAGCACCUGGCCGAGUUUCUGCGGCGCUGCAAGCGGGGCCUCCGCCCCAACGGCAUCAUCGUCAUCAAAGACAACAUGGCCCAGGAGGGCGUCAUCCUGGACGACGUGGACAGCAGCGUGUGCCGGGACCUCGACGUGGUCCACAGGAUCAUCCGCAGCGCGGGCCUCAGCCUCCUGGCCCAGGAGCGGCAGGAGAACCUCCCAGACGAGAUCUACCACGUGUACAGCUUAGCCCUGAGAUGAGCAGGGGCUGGCAGGAGAGCGGGACCAGUGUGGGCGGGGGGAGCCAGCAGCAGGCAAGGUCCAGAACUCCAUGUGGAUGGUUCGGGAGUGUUGAGUGAGGCCACUAAAUACACCUGUCUGCCGUCCACUCACUAUACAGACUCUUCUUACAGAGGCACGGUGGGACCCCGCGGGGAGGGGUGCCACUGAGUGGGGCGGUGAGGCGGGAGCCUGGCUCUGCUGCUGUGAGAGGUGGGGGUUGGGGAGGGCCCUGGUGCUCCCCAUGUGGGAACCUGGCGACCCCAGCAGAAGCAGAGAUUCCCUGAUCUCCAGUAAUGCCACCUGGCCUUCCUGCCACUGGCUUGGCUGCCUUAAGAGGAAGAGAAUAACCCUUAACUCUGCUGUUGAGGACUUUGCCUCGGGGGAGGAGGGGCUGGGCUGGUGGGACCUGCGGCUUUCUGAGCCCCCCGGCUGCCUUGAGCCCACAUGGUGCCUGUCGUAUCGGGCAGCUGGUGGGAUGUCCACGUUCUGAGUCCUGUUUAGAGAUAGGCCCUGGUGUCCUCACUGUGAUCACUGCCGUGGCCUGCAGCAAGGGGAGGGGCCCGGAGCCUCACUCGGCUGCGCCUUGUGGCUCCUCCUUGGUGGGCAUUUUCAUUAAAAAUAAAAGGGAGACACCUUGUAUGUGACAUCCCUA